AAUGACACCAACUUCAUCAUUAGCACACAGUAUCAUGCAAAAUGGCACCUUCAAUGCUGUCUUUCGCUCUUCUCCUUUCUCUCAUAUUCUUCCAUAAUUUCCAUGCUUCGUCUUCUUUGCCUCUUUCCGUCGAGAACUUCAAAGAAGAUGUCAUAGUGUCAUCACCUCAAAAAACAUUCACAGCGGGCUUUUACGCCGUCGGACAAAACGCUUUCUGCUUCGCAAUAUGGUACACGCGCUCCCCGGACACCGUCGUUUGGAUGGCCAACCGGGACCGUCCGGUAAACGGAAAACGCUCCACGCUAUCCCUUCUCACGACCGGUAACCUCGAACUCACCGACGCUGGCCAGUUCCAAGUGUGGUCCACCAACACCGCCGCCGAAUCCAACCAAGUCCAGUUGCGUUUGUACGACAACGGGAACCUCGUACUCCUCGAAAGCCGGAACAGUUCCUCCGAGGUUGUGAUAUGGCAGAGCUUAGAUUUCCCAACCGACACGCUUCUUCCUGGUCAACCUCUGACGAAGAGUGGCAGCUUGGUUUCCUCGAGAAGCGGGAGCAACUACUCCUCCGGUUUCCACAGGCUCUUCUUCGACUUCGAGAAUGUUCUUCGCAUCAUGUACCAGGGUCCUCAAGUUUCCAGCGUUUAUCGGCCGGACCCUUGGCUUCAGAACAACAACUUCGGGAACGGUGGUGCUGGAAAUGGCAGGUCCACUUACAUCGAUAGCAGGGUCGCUGUGCUUGAUGAUUUGGGGUACCUGGUUUCUUCCGAUAACUUCAAUUUCAGAAGCACUGAUUACGGCACGGUGCUGCAACGGAGGUUGACCCUCGAUCACGAUGGUAGUGCGAGGGUGUACAGCAAGAAGGAUGGGGAAGAGAAGUGGACAAUGGCGGGGGAAUUUCGCUCACAUCCGUGCUACGCUCAUGGGAUUUGUGGGGAGCCAAAAGUGCGUUGACAAAAUAUAUGUUUGCAAAGUACCCACAAUACUUCAACCGUUCUGUGUUGUUUAUAUACUUUCUUAAGUCUCACCG